AUGGCCUCCACUCAACCCAACAACUUCUACUUUCCAUAUUUCCCUCCCCCUCAUUCCCCCUUCCACCCUUCACCACCACCUUCCCACUACUUCAACUCUCCACCACCACCCUCUCAUUCAUUUCCUCCUCCUCCUCCUCCAUAUGGCCACUCACCACCACCACCACCACCACCAACACCAACACCAACACCUCAUCCAUUUACUCCUCCGCCACCACAUGUGUUCCCACCACCAUCACCACAUCGUCCUAUUAUGCCUCCUCCACCACAUAGGCGCCCACCUCCGCCCCCACUUCCCCCGUCACCUUCUCCCAACCACCACAUAGUCAUAGUGGUUGUGUUUGUCUCAUUGGGUGGCCUUCUGCUCCUUUCAUUGCUCGCUUGUGCUCUAUUCUGCUGCAUUCAGAAGAGGAAGAAGAAGAAGACACAAGAAACUGAUAUCAUUAACAUUGAUGAACAUAAAGAGGUAAAGGAAACCAUUGUGCCUGGUCCUUUUGGACAGAAAGCUGUAAUAAUAACAGUUGAAGAUGAUGUACAUAUCCACGAAGAAAUCAGAAAGACAGAGAAAUCUGAGCAUGGUUUACAUGCCAUAUCAUCAGCUGAAGCAGAUCAAGGCAAUUCUAGCAACCUUGAGGAGGGAACUACUACUCCGAGUGCUGAACAUCAUCAUCACAAGCAUGAUGAGAACAAGACCUGA